UUGUUUGUUGAUUUCUUCUGCACUCACGUCUCCGGCUCUCUUUCUCCCUCUUGUCUUCGUCGCUUCGUCCCCACUGUUUUGGCACCGAAGAGUCGUAGCAGCUCUAGGACCCUAAACUCAACUUUCGAACCCAGUCAACCAAAAUCAUCACUUGCUUCACGCUCCAACCACUGCAUCUUUGGGUGGGUUCUUGUUCGUUCUACACGCGAAGAGCUUGCAGUUAUGGCCUACGAAUAAUACUCAUGAAUUCAAAAUUAGGGUUUUUCGAGACAUAUCUUCUGAUUUGAAGAAUAUUUCGAGGCAUUCCUUUAGAGAUGGCUGAAAGCUGGGAUGCAAGUUUUGACCCUGGUAGCCAGUCUGAUGAGAGCUACCAGUUGGAUAGGACACACAUUGAGCCUAUUUAUGAUGCAUUUGUUUGUCCUCUCACAAAACAAGUAAUGCGUGAUCCUGUUACCUUAGAAAAUGGGCAAACUUUUGAGCGAGAAGCAAUUGAAAGGUGGUUCAAGGAAUGCAAGGAGAGUGGAAGAAAACUUGUUUGCCCAUUGACACAAAAAGAGCUCAAAAGUACUGAUCUGAACCCUAGCAUGGCUCUACGUAACACAAUUGAGGAAUGGACAACGAGGAAUGACGCUGCACAGCUUGAUAUUGCUCGCAGAACGCUCUCUCAGGGAAAUCCAGAACAUGAUAUUCUGCAGGCCUUGAAGUAUAUCCAGCACAUCUGCCAGAAGAGCAGAUCAAAUAAACAUGUCGUUCGAACUACAGGGCUAAUAUCAAUGAUUGUUGACAUGUUGAAGAGCAGUAGUCGGAGAGUACGGUGUAAAACUCUAGAAACUCUACGUAUUGUUGCAGAAGAGGACUCGGAUAAUAAGGAAGUGAUGGCUGAAGGAGACACCGUGCGCUCAAUUGUUAAAUUCUUGUCUCAUGAGCAGUCCAAGGAGAGGGAGGAGGCUGUAUCUUUGCUAUAUGAGCUCUCAAAGUCUGAAGUUCUGUGUGAAAAGAUUGGUUCUGUCAAUGGAGCAAUUCUUUUAUUAGUUGGGAUGACUAGCAGCAAUUCAGAGAAUGUACCGACUGUUGAGAAAGCAGACAGGACCCUGGAAAAUCUGGAGAAGUGUGAGAAAAAUGUGUUGCAGAUGGCUGAAAAUGGUAGAUUACAACCUCUUCUUACGCGUAUUCUUGAAGGUCCCCCUGAAACAAAAUUGUCCAUGGCUGCAUUCCUCGGUGAGCUGGUUCUGGGCAAUGAUGUCAAACUCCAUGUGGCCAAAACUGUUGGAUCAUCAUUGGUCAAUAUCAUGAGAAGUGGCAAUGUGCAGUCAAGAGAAGCUGGCCUGAAGGCUCUCAACCAGAUUUCAUCAUGUGAGGCAAGCGCUAAGGUGCUUAUAGAAGCGGGGAUUCUUCCCCCACUUGUCAAGGAUCUCUUCGCUGUUGGUGCUAAUCAACUCCCCAUGAGGCUGAAAGAGGUCUCUGCAACAGUUUUAGCCAAUAUUGUGAGCUCAGGUUACGACUUCGACUCCAUUCCGCUUGGACCUGUCCAUCAGACUCUGGUCUCAGAAGACAUAAUACAUAACCUGCUACAUCUCAUUAGCAACACUGGUCCUUCCAUUGAGUGCAAGCUUCUCCAGGUCCUUGUUGGACUAACUAAUUCCCCCACCACAGUUCUGAAUGUAGUAGCCGCCAUCAAAAGCUCUGGUGCUACCAUCAGUUUGAUUCAGUUCAUUGAAGCUUCACAGAAGGAACUGCGUUUGGCUUCCCUGAAACUCUUAAAGAAUCUGUCACCCAACAUGGGUCAAGAGCUGGCUGAUGCCCUACGUGGUACCGCUGGUCAGCUUGGUACCCUGAUCAAAGUCAUCUCAGAAAACAAUGGGAUCACAGAAGAGCAAUCAGCUGCCAUUGGUCUGUUAGCUGACCUUCCAGAGAGGGACCUGGGUCUAACCAGGCAGUUGUUGGAUGAAAGUGCCUUUGAGUUGGUCAUAUCCAGGGUUUUCAGUAUUCGGCAUGGAUCUACCCGGGGUAGCCGAUUUGUGACUCCAUUUCUGGAAGGUCUCGUGCAGGUCUUGGCAAGGCUCACGUUUGUCUUAGCUGAUGAGCCCAAAGCUCUUGCUCUUGCUCGUGAGCACAAUCUUGCUGCAUUGUUCACUGAUCUGCUUCAGUCAAAUGGGCUUGAUAAAGUACAGAUGGUGUCUGCCAUGGCCUUAGAGAACCUCUCGGAAGAGUCCAAGCGCCUGACAGUGCUGCCAGAAUUGCCAAAACCGGGAUUUUGUGCUUCAAUUUUUCCAUGUUUUAGCAAGCCGUCAGUGACCACUGGAUUGUGUCCUCUCCACCAUGGGACCUGUUCAAUGAAGGAGACCUUUUGUCUUUUGGAAGGAAAAGCUGUUGGAAAGUUGGUGGCAUGUUUAGACCAUACAAACGAGAAGGUAGUUGAAGCUGCGCUUGCAGCACUUUGCACGUUGUUAGAUGAUGAUGUCGACAUUGAGCAAGGGGUGACGGUUUUGUGUGAGAUGGAGGGAAUCAAGCCAAUACUCGAAGUCUUACGUGAGAAAAGAACUGAGAUCCUGAGACAGCGAGCUGUCUGGGCUGUUGAGAGGAUUCUGAGGAAUGAAGAAAUAGCAUAUGAAAUAUCUGGUGAUCCUAAUGUGAGCACUGCACUGGUUGAUUCAUUCCAACAUGGAGACUAUCGAACUCGGCAGAUUGCUGAGCGUGCUCUAAAGCAUGUUGAUAAGAUACCAAACUUCUCUGGUAUAUUUCAGAAAAUAGGGUAACCUCUCACACAUCCCCUCCCACGAAGGGUGGUGAUGAAUUUAAGGGCCUUUUCUUUUGCAAAUUCCGAAAAUAUACCAGAGGAAAUUCAAGGCGUGUUUCUAAUUUAAAUUGGUGUGCCAACACUCUCGUCAUUCCUGGAUUCCAUCUUUGUCCAUAUUGAUUAGUUUUAGAAUUUUCCAUCUGGGGGGAAGGGGGCGCUGUUGCAAGUGGCAGGGUAAAAAUAUGUUCAUUUGUUCUUCUUAAGUUGCAUUUGUAGAGUUUGCCAUGAUAAUCGUACAUAUAUUGCUGUGCACUAGUUAAGUUGAACUGGUGUCAAAAAGUUGAAUUUAAUGUUCUGUUUCCACUUGAUUGCCUUCAAA